AUGGAGACAAAAAAUUUAAAACAUCGCAAAAGACAGAAAAAAAAUAUAUCUGGAACUGACAAAGGGAAAGCUGAUGUGCUUGUUGUUCCUCCUGAUAUUUUAAAAAAACUUGGCAUUAGUAUUGGUAGCACUAAUACUCAUCAUCAAAUUCCUAAUAAAGUUAAUAAUCCACAAAAUACUUUUAAAAAUGAUUUUGUUAAUGGGCUUCCAACGACAAAGGUCAAUCAAAAAUCAAGUGAGUCAUCUAUUUUAAAAACUGCAAGUCUGAUGAAAGAAUCAGUCUUCUUGAGUCCAACCUUUGUCCCCACCAUUGCCAAUAUGAUAUCAGGUGAAGUUGAAAUUUCCAAUGUAAAAAACAAUAAUGCUUCUAAAAUAUGUUUGGAUAGUUGUGUUUUGGAAACCAUUCAAGACAGAAGUGUUCACUGUGAAUCAACUUCUACAAAUAAAGACAAUCAAAAAAAGUAUCAAAACAAUGGCAACCUAGAAUCGAACUUUGUAAUUAAUGGGGUCCAGAGUAUCACAAGUAAUGUUAUUAAAAACAUUUCAACAGAAAGUGAAAUUUAUAAACAACUAGGUAGAAAUGAAAUUGUUCUAGAUAAUUCUAAUAUAACAGAUGAUUAUGAAUUUAAUGGAUUUUCAAAACACGGAAAUCAAAGUAGCAAAUCUGAAGUUAAUAGACAUUAUUCUGAUUUGAUGCAGAGCGUCGAAUUAAAUGCCAUUAGAUCCUCAGGUAUUAUGAGUGGUUCUUCAAACUUUAAAUAUGAUACAGAUUUCAUUGAGACUUCUAAGACAAAGAGUAAUAGAGAUUUCUUAAUAGACUCUGGUACACAAGCAGUGAAAAACAUCUCUUUAGAAAACAAUGCAGUUCAGGUUGCAGAAAGAUCUGCUGAUGAUAAUUUGAAAUCUUUAAAUGAUAAGGAAAUUGUAAAAAACAUCUCUGUAGAGAAAAAAGCAAAUCAGAAUGAAGGAGGUGAAGACAAUAAUUUAAAAUCUUUUACAAAAUCUGAAUAUGCACUGGAUGAAGUUACAGCAAGUAACGUCAAAGAGAAUAUAAUGGAACAAGAUAAUAUUGAUAAAAAUUUCAGUUUAUUAAAAAAAACUGAGAUUGAAACAGAACAAACUGCACAAGAAAAUUUGUCAACUACUAUUUCUCUGAAAAGUUGUCAUUAUUCAAACAAGUGCACUGAGGUUAACAACAUUGACAUUAUUUCUCCAGAGGGAAAGGCAAUGCAAAUCAAACAAAAUUCUAAUUCUCAAUCCACUUGCAUUGAACAUGCCCAAAAUAAUAUGUUUUCUUUAGAAGAAAUUCAAGGAAGCAAAAGCCUAAAUAAACAUGAUGAGAUUGGGACUGACAUUUCUUUAGGAGGGAAUAAUACUUACCUUCAAUUGGAAGACAAUACAAUUUCUUUAAAAUAUAUAAGAAAUGAGAAUACAUUUCCUGUAAAUAACUCUAAUAUAAUUUUUGUAGAAGACAACAAAAUAGAAAAGAAGACAAUGUCUGUAGAAAGUUUUGUGAUUCAUGAAAAAGAAAACUUGUUUGACAAAAAACCCAUUUCUUUGAAACAUGCUUCAAUGCAUAUUAAAAAUGGUGAGAAAGAUAAAAAUGCUAACUGUUUAAAUUGCAUGAAAAAUGAUAAGAGAUCUCUAGAUGAGCAGCUUAAUUUGCCACAAAAUACAUGCAAACAUAUAACCUGUACAAGAUCAGUACAGGCUGCUCCUCCAUUAAACCUGUCUGUAGACGAUAAUGUUACUUCUGCCACAAAUGUUGGUGAGAAUAUUUCACAUGGACAGAAAACUUUGAAGCCAGAAAAAAUUGGUCAAAAUCAAGAAUGUGAGAUGGCUCAAAACUUGUGCAAUGGCAAUCUUAAAGAUACAAUAGAAAAUGGUUUUGAUGUCAAAUCUACAGACACCAUUGCCGAUGUAGGUGUACCAGUCCAUAAAAUAGUUCACAAAAUAAAUAUUAUAUCGGAAGAAAUUAUUCCACCUUUAGAUUUUAAAGAAUUAAGAAAAGCACAUUCUCCAGCGAUAAAAUCUUUAACUCCAGUGCCCUUAAAUUCUAUUAUUGCACCCAAGAGAAAUAAUGAAUAUAUUUCUGAAAUGAAAGCUGUAGAUAAAGGUUCUACAUUAAUCCUAAAACAAACUGAAGUCCUGGCUUCACAGUCACUUAGUUCUAUUAUUUUACCCUCUUCAGCUCAAUUUGAUUAUUUAUGUAAUAUGGAUUUAACUAAAAUUUACAGUGAAGAAAAUGUUGUAACCAAAACUAAUCAUGACAUUGCUCAAGAGGAGACUUUGGAAUAUUUGCCAAUAAAAAAAGAAGACUCAAAGAAUAAUAAUGAUAUUUUAAAUAGCUUUGUGACUGGGGCCUCAAUUGUUAAGCCUUAUGAACAUCCAAAACUUAAUGAAGUUUUGGAAAUGCAGAUUAAUGAUAGUAUUAUGCCUGAUCUAUCUAAAUCACAACUGAACGACAUUAAUUGCAAACAUAUGAACAUACAAAAUGUUAGCACUAUACAAGACCACAUUGAGAAAGAACAAAUUUUAAAAAUAAACAGUGAUAAUGGAGAUACAGACAGAAAGAGUAGUUCUGAACAAAAAUUAUAUCCAAGCUAUUUUAAAGAUGAUCUGGAGUUUGUUGAAGACAAGAGGGAUUCUAAAGAUCCAUUAGAUAAUAAAAAAAAGAAGAAAAAUAAAAUAAAUGAAAAUAAAGUUAUGAAUAAAUGCAUAGAAGAUAAAGAAUUUUGCAACAAUCAAAUAAAUGAUAUUGUUAAAUCUAGUAAAGAAAAUAGAAACAUUGAAAAGGUCAAAGAAAUUGCUGAAUACAUAAAGAAGUAUGCACAUAUUUACAAGGAUAAUAAGCCAAUAAUAAAUAAAGUUGAAAAGAAGAAAAGUACAAUAAAUUCCAAAUCAAACAUGAUCAAAUCUAAAUUGUGUAUUCAAGGAGUAGAAAAACCUGGUGGAAAUAAAGGAGGCAAAGACAUUUCUAAUAAGCUUAAAGUUUUAAAAACUUAUACUAGACAAAAGAAACAUAGUGAACCAUGUGCCUCUAAAAAUCUUCUAGAUAAAAGUAAACCUAUCUUAUGCAAUAUAGGUGAUAUCUCUGCAACUGAACUGAAUACUAUAAAUAUUUCUACCUCUUUGAAAUCACAAGAUUUUUGUUUAUGCUAUGACUUUGGCCGCUUAGAUGCUUCUACUUUUGAUACGUCUUAUGAGCAUAUACAUUUUUGGCUUCAUGAUGAUACUGUGGAUUUAGACUCAAUACUUAGUAUAUAUAAUGAUGAAGAAGUUAUUAUCAAUGAUAGAACUAAGUUGGAUGAAGUAAAACUGUGUGAAGUAAUAGAAAUGAAUACAAAAACCAGUAAUAUUUGUUGGAAUUAUUUUCAUAUGGAUGUAGAAACCUCUAAUGAAAUGCAUUCAGUUAAUAAUCCAAUAGAUGAAUUAAAUACUGACAAUAAAUCUAAUACUGGUCUUAAUAUUAGUGAUGGCAUAAAACAAAUUGAUUCUAAUACAAAGUCAUUAGUAGAAACGUCUUUAAAUGAUAAUAAUAGGAGUUACGAAGUAAUUACAAUUGUAGAAGUGGUAGAUAAUGAAAUAGUAACUUUGGAAAGUGCCAAAACUGAUUCUAUAAUGACUACAGAUCCACAAAAAAAAGUGUUCUGUAGAACUGAAACUUCACAUUCCAUAAAGGAAAACCUAAAGUCAAAUUCACCGCAAUUACUUGAAGCUAUUAAACAGGUUGCAGCUGAUUCUACAGAUAAAAAUCCGGAAGAUAUUCCUAAUACGACUAACAAGACUAGUAACGAUAACCAAGGGACAUAUAAAAGCAGUAUAAUGGAAAUACCGAGGAAAGAAACAUCCCUAUUUGAGCCCGAGUCAAGUAAUCACGGCCGUGUGAAACGUAGUUUAUCAGCUGAUGAUACAAGUGAGGAGCCAUGUCCCAAAAAAACUGUGAAGUGUGGUGUUUGCAACAAAUUGUUAAUUGAAGCUGAAUGGAAGAAACAUGUUGCAAAUAAACAUAAUUACAUUGCUUGGAAGACCGGCCAAACUUUUAAUUUCGACGAUCCAGCUUUGUUACAGAAAUUCCGAGAGAAACUUGAAACUGUUGGCUCACUAAAGUGCCCCAACUGUCACACUCAAACACGAAAGUUUGACAAAUUUACAGGACAUAUAAAAACCUGUAUAAAACAGAAGGAAAGCAGUUCUAGGAGGGUAAAUUCCACAAAGGAGUUGGUCGUGUGUGGCGUCUGUCAGAAACAAGUUCAAUAUCUGUCUUGGAACGAACAUAUAGGGAAAGAACAUAAUUAUCUGGCUUGGAUAGAUGGGCAAGAUACCUUGAACAUUGAAGAUGAAGCUGCGGUAGCGAAGCAUUUGCAGAAUAUUAUAAAAAGUAGUGGUAGUCUAGUUUGUUACAAAUGUGGUUUGAAUCGAAAACGCGUCAAAAUUUACUUGAGUCACAUUGAAACUUGCAAUGGUAGUGGGGAUGUUCGUAUGGAUGGUUCCUCAACAAGCAUCGACAUUGAUACUACUAUCGAGGAAGAUACUACGCCUUCUGUAUUAGAUGUGAAGACUAUUAAAUGCGGUGUUUGCAAACAGGAAAUACAAAUUUUGCAUUGGACGGAGCAUAUAGCAAAGGAGCAUAAUUAUCUUGCGUGGGAAGAUGGAUUGACUCCCUUGAAUUUGGACGAUGAGGAAAUGGUAAGAAACCAUUUGCAGGAAUUUAUAAGAAAUAGUGGUGGAUUGCGUUGUUAUAAAUGUGGCCUUAAUCGCAAACGUGUCAAACUCUAUUUGUCUCAUAUUAAAACUUGUGAUGGUGAAGGGGUCAACUUUGAUGAAUCUGCUCAUGAAGAUAUCUCUAUGGACCAGGGCACAUCUGACGUAAAAAUUUUUGAGUGUGGAGUAUGCCAAGCUAAGGUGUCAUUGUUAGAUUGGAAUGAGCAUAGUGGCAGAGAACACAAUUAUUUAGCGUGGAAAGUUGGAGACACUCCUUUGGAUGUGAAUGAUGAGGAUGCCGUCAAGGAACACUUACUCGAUAUAGUAAGAAAAUUUGAUGGAUUGCAUUGCUACAAAUGUGGCCUAAAUCAUAGAAGAGUCAAAUUGUACCUCUCACAUAUUAAAAUUUGCGAUAGUAGCGAGCAACUUAAUUUAGUCAGGUCAUACGUCAAAUGUUUUCUCUUACGUAACCUUACCGGCUUGUUACGGGUUCAGUGGGAUGAAUCAACUACUACUGAUUUAAAUCCCACAGUGAAUUCUACUCAGAUAGAAAUAUCUAUAGAUGGCAAUGAAAGAAUUGUUAAGUGCGGAGUCUGUGAUCAGGAUGUUUCGAUAGUAAUGUGGAUUAAACAUAUUGGGAGGGAACACAAAUAUCUUGCAUGGCAACAAGGACAAGAGCCUUUGGAUUUAGAAAAUGAAGAGACAGUUAAAGCACACUUAAAUAACAUUUCAAGAGAGAACAAUGGACUCAUAUGUAACCUGUGUCAUGUUAUCAAGAAAUAUCCUAAAUCUUUUCUGCAACAUGUGAAAGAUUGCAAUGGAGUUGUGAACCAUGAGGAUACUAAAAUUAGAAAUGAACCAGAAAUUAGUUCGUUUGAUGUAAGUGAUGUAAAGACAGAUACAGUCAUAUGUGGUGUGUGUAACAAUGUGGUUAUUACAUCUGAGUGGAUGAAACACAUGGAGCAUGACCACGAUUAUAUGGGGUGGCUCCAAGGAAGACCGCCUCUAGAACUUAAAGAUCCGGCAGCUGUACAAAGACAUUUAAUUGAAGUUUCACGAUGUACAGGAGGAUUGAAAUGUAAAAACUGUGGUCUUAUUAGAAAGUAUGCUAAAAGUUAUCUGCAGCAUAUCAACCAUUGCAGCAAUGGUGGCAAAAAGGUUAAAGAUGCUUCUAUUAUGGUGGGCAAAGAUUCAGUGACUUGCGCUGUUUGCUCUGCGACUGUGGAUCCAAGAGAUUGGCGCGACCAUGCUAUGAAAAAACACUAUAAUGUGGCCUGGCUUGUUGGUGCAACUCCUAUUGAAAUCAAUAAUCCGUAUGGAGUGGAGCCUUACAUAAAAGAAUAUCAACAGAGACACAACAAUAAAUUAGUUUGUAAAACUUGCGGCAUCAGCAGAGUGUCUGCAGUUGGAUUUUACGCACAUAUAAUCACUUGCGGGAAAACCGAACAGGAAACAGAAAUCUAUAAAAGCCUGUGCGAGAUAUGCAACAGCAAGUAUUUGCGCAUAUAUAAAAGUCAGCAUAUGACUAUGCACCGGGAAAAAGAAUAUGCAAUGGAAAGGAAACUGUUGAUUGCUAAAGAGAAAGAACUAAAAAAGGAGAAAGAAGAGCCGGUUGAGAUUGUAGGCGGACGUAGAAAAGCCGCGGAGAAGGCUAAGACUGUCAUAGAAAAGUAUACAAGUAACGUGGGUGACGCAUCAAAUUGUUCCAAGUGCGGAUUUAGCUCUGACGUUGAAUCGGAGAUGUUGAACCAUGUAUGUGUAGAAAAACAAUGUGAAAGCAGUGAAACUGAUGAAUCUGUGGACAUAGAUUAUAGUUCAGAAGAGGACGACGAUACUGAUAUCGAUUCCAAUAUAUCAGACGAGGAACGCGAGGCGCGAGAUCGGGAACAAACGAAAUCCAAAAAACAUGGAGAUUCAAGUUCAGCUUACAGAGUACAGCGGCUGCCCUAUCAGAUUAAAAAUCUUAACAGCUAUAUGAGAAAGAGCGCAGAGGAAUUCGCUGCCUUACAUCUGACAGAUGAGGAUAUUUUUAAGCACUAUCGAUCGUUGCGGUAUUUGAUAGUUCCCGAAGCCGACUUGCCUAAAUAUAUGCCGCCUGUCGAAGAAUCUUGUAAAGUUAGGUACAGAGAGGAAGCCGAUUGGGUUACUUAUAAACGGUUCGAAGCAAAGAUUGAGAAGGAAUUAACUACGAUAUUCACGGGGGCUUGCAUAAAGAGCAUGUGUUGGGUGCCCACCUAUGUUGAAGAACAUGAUACGGUUCCCGUCCAGGAAUACCUAUCGGUUCUGUCCUCUCUAGCCCCAGACACACCGAGACAUUUCUGGUAUGACACACCUGAAGAUGAACCUGCACUUAUUCAGAUCUGGGACUGUGGUAAUUUUACUGGUGUACCAGAACUAGUGAUGGGAUUGGCACUGGACUGUGGCCCGAUUUGGUCGAUCGAUUGGUGUCCGUCCGGCGCCCGCGAUGUGUUUGAUGCCACAGAAGAAUGCAACGUAACCCGUAGACUGGGAUUAUUAGCUGUGGCUUCUGCCAACGGCGCCGCUUAUGUGUUCGCAGUACCACACCCGUCCACAACAAAAGCAAAAGGACAGUUUUGUAAAUUGCGUCCAGUCGCGGAACUAUGUUUAGUAAUGGACGAAACUAGGAAGGUGUAUCAGGCAACUGCUGUCAAGUGGUCAACGCAAAAAGGUCAUGAGCAUAUUGUAGUUGGAUAUGCGGAUGGCACUACGGCAUACUUUGAUCUAAAGAAUGAAUCGCCAUUGUUGAAGUGUACAGAAAACAAAAUUGACGUUAUAUACCCUUACCAUGACGAGCGGGCCCAAAAUAUGUGUAUCGAAGAUCUGGCAGUGUUCCCUACGGUGGAGGGGCGGCAGGGCUGCGGCACGGUGGUGUCGGGCAGCGUGGGCGGCUCGGGCUCUCGCGCGCUGCACUCGCACGCCGCCGCCACGCGCGUGCUCUUUCCCCCUCACUGGCCCGCCGCGCUCCUCGCCGGCGACGACAACCUCGUGAGCCAAGCCGUGAACGAGCUGGAGUGGUACGGGCUGGGGCGGCGCGUGGGCGGCAUGCGCGCGGCGGGCGGGUGCGCGUGGUGCGGGCGCCUCGCCGCCUCCUCCGCGCCGCUCGUGCGCCUCAUGCGCCCGCACCCCGCCUACGACGACCUGCACCGACAGAUCAUAGCGAUGCUACAAAUGGUUCCAUUCGGCAAUAAAAGGAAGAGAAAGAAUGAUGAAUUAUCUAUGAUAAUGGAGCCACUCACAUACGAAGACACUGUUCUAAAGUAUGGCAUAGAAUUCAAACUGAUCACAGCCAAAGAUAAGAAUACUCAGCAGAAACUGUCUGGGAUACCACGAGAGGCAUUCCCAGAGCGGUUCCCACUGGCUGAUGUUGUAUCAAUGACAUUCUGCCCGUCUUUCAAGAACCACCAUAAAUUGGCCAUAGCAACACACGCUGGUCUUAUAUUUAUCAUGAAUGUCUGA